AGCCCAACACCACUGUGGUCGAGUGUGGCAUGGGGACAUAACAGUUUUAGAGUUAUAAGUUAACAGUGGGAUGUGAUCGAAGAUAUCUACACCUUUUCAGACAGUUGAAUAUCGGCCGUUGUUUUUCUAACGCGUGGUGGGCCAACCGCUUCACUACUACAACUACAACCCACCUGUACAACCGGACUAUUCUGCUAGUUUUUCGUACUUCCAGAGGUUUGAAGCUGUGUAUUCCAGUGAAGAGAUGUCAGGUCACAACAUGAUGAUGCAUUCUCCUAGUAGUUCACAGAGUGACAGCGAAAAUUCUGAGUCCAGCGUUGAUAUCUCCAGAAGUAGAUUGAAGCCUGAACCUAGAGAUAAAAUGAAGUGUUGUUGGAAACAUUGUGGUGUGGAGUUUGAAACGCUGGAACUACUAGCCAAUCAUGUUACCAGACAACAUGCGGACAGCGGUGCAGGAGGCCUGUUCUACUGUGGCUGGGAAGGAUGCACAAGGAAUCAAAGAGGUUUUAAUGCGAGAUACAAAAUGCUAGUACACGUGCGUACCCACACUAACGAGAAACCGCACAGGUGCAGCCAGUGCGAGAAAUCAUUUUCCCGUGCGGAAAACCUCAAGAUACACUCACGCUCCCACAGUGGCGAAAAACCCUACGUCUGCACGGUACCAGGCUGUGGAAAAGCCUACUCCAACUCCAGCGACCGUUUCAAGCACUCCAGGACGCACCAAGUAGAGAAACCGUAUUGCUGUAAGGUACCAGGGUGUCCCAAACGAUACACCGAUCCCAGUAGCCUCAGGAAACACGUUAAAACAUACAAACACUUCGUGAACGAGAACAACAUAAACAGUCCGAACUCAGAGUACGCGAUGCUGAACGAUGAACAGGUUAGGGAACGUAGAUCGAAUUUUUGUGAAAGUAUUUUGGCAGGUGAUCGCAGUGAGCCUUGCAAUUGUCCACAUUUCUGCUCGAAUAACCGACUGACGAUGAGCCAUGAGACUGAUUACCUGGAUAGGUCUUACGAGGUUCAAGAAAACGUGAUCAAUUUGUCGUGGAAAAGGAUCGGUGGUGCUGAGGAGGUGUUCAAAGAAGAAAAAUUGCAUCAGCAUUUCAUGGACAUCGAUAUGCCCUUAGAUUUAAGUAUACAUAGGUUUAGUGUUUGAUGCGCAAUAUGCAAGAUUUGAAAUAUUUAUUAUAUUUAUUUAUUGUGUUAAUAAAUUUAUUUGUGUUGAAAA